AUGAGCACACCCAGCGGCAACAACCACCGUCGAGAAGCCGACGGUGCAUCGGCGUCGGCGGUGGUGGCCAAUGUCUCCAAGUCGGCUAAAAAGAAGCGCCGUGGCGCGGCCAAAACGGACGAGCGUCUCGAAGCCUUCCACUCGCUCCACGCCAACAUGCAGGCCAACCUGGCGACGGUGCGCUCCAACCUCCAGCGCUCGUACAGCCGCGCGAAUCGACUGGACUUGGUGCUCGUCAUGGACUGCACCAACUCGAUGGCCCUCUGGAUUGACGUGGCGAAGCGAGAGAUGGCGACGAUCCUUGCAACCAUCCAAGUCGAUCAUCCGCAGGCGACUGUGCGUGUGGGCUUUGUGGCGUACCGCGACUUUUGCGACGGCAGUUUGCGGCUCGAGAUCCAGCAGCUCACGACCGAGCUCGCGCGCGUCGAAGCCUUCAUUGCGUCGCUGGAAGCCACUGGCGGCGGCGACGGACCUGAAGACAUUCCUGGUGGUCUCGACGCGGCGCUGCGCUUGGACUGGCAGGCCGACGCCAAGUGCCUCGUGCUGGUCGCCGACGCGCCGUGCCAUGGCGAGCUCUACAAUGACCUUGGCGACGACCAUCGGUAUGCCGCUGAGAUCCUCGAGAGUCCGUGCAUUCAAGGCCAGAUGCGCGAGCUUGCGACACGCGGCAUCGACUUUGCCUUUAUCGACAUUGUGCCCAAAUGGACGGCAACAAUGUUGGCGAUGCUGGAACAAGCGUACGAGAGCGUGCUGCCGGCGCACGGCAACCCGGGGCUGUUUUCGGUCGUGCCACUCGACAACAUGGGCGACGAGAUCAAGUUUGCCCCUGUCGUGUCGCACCACAGCAGCGCUGUGCUAUUGGCGAGCCAAUGCGUGAGCGUCUUUUCGCCGGCGCUUGCGCCCUCCACACCGAUGCCCUCGGCGCCACUGCCAUUGCCACUGGCGCCCCCACGCCCUCCGACGCCGGAAUGGUCGCCACCAAUGACGAUCUUGCCUCUCGACUGGAAUGGUAUUGGUAUGCUCGAUGCCGUGUCGGCCGAGCGCCAUACGUUGUGCUUGGGACCUGGGUCCAUGGACUGGUCCGCGCCGGACCUCCGCCACGCCACCCACGCCACAACGCUCCGCCUUUGCAAGGUCCCUUUCGCACGCGGCGGCAUGCGCACAGCUCAUGGACUUGUCGACGCGACGGUGGCCUCGCCGCUCGUGGCCAAAUUCUACUUUGGCCGCGCCAAAGCCACGGGCUACGACGUUCGCCGUGAUGUCGAGACGCAGACGAUCGCCAAGGCACUCGCGUCGGCGUUUACCAUGGCAACGUCGCCAGGCGCCGACUUUUUGUAUGCGUGCUGGUACACGGUCGACGGUCUCCCGGCAUUCACGGCUGAGCCGUUUAUGGACGGCGACUACCGCAAGUUCAACAACAACAGUGGGUGGACCCAGAAAGCGGCGACGACGGCGCAAGCGUUUAGCCAUUUCACGUGGCAGCACACGCUCGGCCAAGCGUUGGUCGUGGACCUUCAAGGCGUCGACGGUCUAUGGACCGACCCGCAGAUCCAUGCGCUCGACAAGACGCUCUUUGGUCGCGGCAACCUCGGCGAAGAAGGCAUGACGCGCUUCUUUGCGACGCACGAGUGCAACGCCCUCUGCACGGCGCUGGGGCUUCCGCCGUUUGAUGGACCGGACCCAAUGGCUGCACCCCUACCUCUUGCACCAUCGGAGGAUGAGAUGCGCUGCAGCUGUUGGCUCUGCGGGGCAACGUACACUCGGACGCACGCUGCCGUUGUAGCCGAGCUCAAGGCGAAUGACGGGUGCGACGUGCACUGCGAUGCGUGCACCGCGCUUAUUACUGCGACAACAUCGACCGUGGCCUGCAGCACGUGCAACCGACCCGUGACGUUUGCCGCAUACCGCUGCGAGAUGGAAGGCGAGGCACCACCAACGCUGUGCAUGGGGUGUACGCCACCGACGCUGCCGACGACAAACGGCGGCGCAGGCGGACGGGUGGGCGACGCUGGCGGCCGUCGAGCACCACUUGGUCACGGCGCACCCUGGUUUCCGCUCCACUGA